AAACACUUGUUGUUUCAACCACCUUCAAGCGCACUACCGCUAGUACCUCCACAGCCUUAGAUAAUCAUCAUUUCCCUUCUUUCCAAUCACCGGCCAUGGUGGAGCACGAGCAGGUGAAGCCCCUAGCCCCGUCUGCAGACCGCAUAAGCAGCGAUGAAGAAGAAACUGCCGCUCUCCACUCGAAAAAACUUCGUCGCAGAAAAUGCAUCAGAUGCUGUGGAUGCAUCACAGGGGUGCUGCUCGUUCAUGUCAUCGUGAUCGUGAUAUUAAUUUUCACUCUUUUUCGCGUCAAGGACCCUUCAAUUAGAUUGAAUGGUAUGACAAUGACUCGGCUAGAGCUAAUCAACAACACCAAGAUUCCAAAGCCAGGGGUGAACAUGUCCUUGAUUGCUGAUGUAUCAGUGAAGAAUCCCAACAUAGCAUCUUUCAGGUAUAGUAAUACUACUACAGCUCUUUACUACUAUGGAGAGGUCGUCGGAGAGGUUAGAGGCCCGCCAGGUCGCGCAAAGGCCCGGCGGACUGUGCGGAUGAAUGUGACGGUUGAUAUAAUCACUGAUAAGCUGAUUUCCAAUCCUAAUCUAAGUACUGAAAUGGGUACGGGACUGCUCACCAUGGAUAGCUACUCAAAAAUUCCAGGGAGGAUGAAACUGCUGAAUAUUAUUAAGAAGCACGUUACUGUGAAGAUGAAUUGCACUUUCACAGUUAAUAUUACCACAGGGGCAAUUCAUGAGACUCGGAAAUGCAGGAAAAAGGUUGACCUCUAGUGGUAUGGUUUAUAUGGUUGCCUCUUGUUUUGUGUAUUUUUGUGGAUUGUGAGCUCUGAGAUAUAGGCAUGUGUAGUUUCCUGUUUAUGUAGGAUAUAUUUCUUUGAUCAUCUGAUACUAUAUAUAUCCAUCCAUGUAUUGGAUUUUUCAUUCAGUUGAUUUACGAGAUUUCAUCUCUAUUGCUCGAA